AUGGCGGACACCGAGUGCCGUGAGCUGUGGUUUCUCACCCUGUCCGGCGGCGUCCCUGACACCGUGAGCCUGGAGCCCCUCACCAGGUGCCCUCGGCUCGAGCGUCUCACCCUGUCCGGCGGCGUCCCUGACGCCGUGCUGGACAGUCUCAGCGGCUGCCCCGGGCUGGUGGUCCUUACACUGGGGGACCGCCAGCGGCCGGCAGAGACGGCCUUCACAGCAGCAGCGUACACCAGACUGGUGAAGUCGUGUCGGCAGCUGCGUGAGCUGUACCUUCACUGCACGGCAGACACCGGCCGGGCCGUGCUGACCGCCCUGAAGGAGGCGGACCUGCGCCGGGGCUUCUUCGGUACCAUCUAUCUCGGUGUCCCCGGUAGGUGAGAGGGCGCCGCGCGCCGCGCCUCUGACCAGUCAGUCCCUCACAACAG